UGUCCAGCUGUUUUUCAGCUGACGCUCACCCACCGACCCACCAAAUCAGAAGAAAACCAAAACAGAACAGAUACAGCACAGGACAAGAGCACAGUUCAGUUGACAAUUCAGCGUGGUUGUUGGGUAAUUAUAUUAAAGUUAAUAUUGUAGUCUCUAUCUACUGAGGUCUGUCAACAAAUUACAAAAUUUUAUCGUCUGCAAAUAGUACUGAGCCAUCUUGUGCUGUAAAGUCGUUCAUGAGUAUGAUAAACAGCAGCGGGCCCAGCACAGAACCCUGUGGCACGCUGUGACAGUUUGCUUUCACUUCUGAUGUUGCUCCUCCUAUAGAGACUACUUGCCUCCUAUCCUUAAGGUAGUCACUGAGGGUACUCAGCACUUCACCACCAAUUCCAUAGUAAAGAGGUUUCGUAUUUCUACAAUAAGCUCCAAGACUGAAUAAAUAAUUUUCCUAGGUAUAAAUCUACAAUGGAAACAAAAAAUAAUCUUUCCAAUAAAGAUAUUGCACGAUACAGCAGGCAAAUAAUCGUACCAAAUGUUGGAGUAGGAGGUCAAUGCAAACUGAAGCAGUCAUCUGUUCUGAUUGUUGGCGCCGGUGGCUUAGGAUGCCCAUCAUCUCUCUAUCUUGUUGGAGCUGGAAUAGGUCGCAUCGGUAUAAUUGAUUAUGAUGUUGUGGAAGAAAAUAACCUACAUCGACAGCUAUUGCAUUCUGAGAAGUCGGUUGGUGAGAAAAAAGUCAAAUCUGCUGCAGAAGCCCUAAAAAGGUUGAAUGAAGAUCUAGAAGUGGAUGAGUAUUACUUGUCAUUGGAUAGCAGCAACGCGAUGGAUGUAGUGUCAAAGUACGAUGUGGUUAUCGACGCGUCGGACAAUGUGGCCACCCGCUAUCUGCUGAACGACGCAUGCGUGCUGAGUGGCAAGCCACUGGUGUCCGGCAGUGCACUGCAGAUGGAGGGUCAACUGACCGUCUACAACCACAACGGAGGCCCUUGCUACAGGUGCCUCUAUCCGACGCCCCCACCUCCGCACACCGUCUCCAACUGCUCAGAUGCUGGUGUCUUGGGAGUCGUACCUGGAGUGAUUGGAGUGUUGCAAGCGUUAGAAGCAAUAAAAGUGCUGCUUGGUCAAACUGGAACACUGGACUCGCGGCUGCUGCUGUUUGAUGCUUCCGAGUCUACAUUCAGAAAUGUCAAGCUGAGGAAGAAAGAUGCCAAUUGUGCUGUUUGUGGCCAAAGCCCCACCAUCACCCAAUUGAUAGACUAUGUACAGUUUUGUGGAUCAUCUCCAAAUGAUAAGGAUAAGGGAAUCACUUUGCUAGAUGACAAAGAACGUAUUUCCGCAGUGGAACUUUCCAAAAAGAUUGAGAGCGAAGAGAAAUUCUUAUUGAUCGAUGUUCGAAUGGAGAAUGAGUUUGAAAUUUGUGCUUUACCAAGAUCUGUCAACAUUCCAAUAACCAACAUGGAAAAGGCUCGUUAUGUUGAGGAAAUAAAAGAAGAAAUCAAAUCAAAGACAGAUAAUCAUAGCGUUCCAGUAUUCAUUGUAUGUCGGAGAGGCAACGAUUCUCAAAAAGCUGUGAGACUGUUACAGACUAUAUGCGGGGAUUUGAGAGUUGAAUUCAAAGAUAUUAAAGGUGGCCUUCAUGAUUGGACCAGAACAGUAGACUCUAAUUUUCCAAUUUAUUGAUUAUUUAUAAGUAAAAAAUUAAUAGAAGAAAAAA